UAAUUUGAGAAUGUUGCGUUUAUCUAUACAUAGUCGUGGGAAGAGUAUCCGAAGAGAACGAAAACAAAGAUUUAAACUAAUUUAUAUUAAAAUAUAUUUAACAAACUCAAUUCAUAUCCAAAAAGAAACUAAAGAUAUUUAAUAAACGGAGAAAAAAAUGGGAGAAUUUGAAGAAUUGGAGAGUAGCAAGGUGCUUUUACAAAAAUGUGGAGAAAUAUUUUAUGAUACUCUGACGGUUCCAGAUGUAAAUGUGAGUUUUCAGUGCAUUUUUUGUCAGAAAACUUUUACGAAACUAGAUGCGUUCCUAGAGCAUUUUCAAAGCAACCAUUGCAAAGUGUCCACCCCUCUAGAAGAGUUUUCUUUGUUGAGUGAUUUUGAAGAUGUUGAAGAAGAGAAAGAAAUUUUGCUUACAGAAGAAGAGGAUGUCAAUUUAGCAGAUAAAGAUGAAGAUUCGAUUUCCCAAAUAGAAUUCAUCCUGGAAAAUGCUGAAGGAGAGAUGAUUAGUGAUCAUGACUCCAAUGUACUAUUACCAGAUAAUAAUGAGAAAACUGUUGCCCAUUCUAAGCCACAGGCUGAAAAUAGUAAACGUGGGGAGCACAAUUGCCCCCAUUGCUGUAAAGUAUUUAAAAGAAGUUGGGAUUUGAAGCAACAUUUGCACAUACACGAUGGACUGAAACCUUAUAAAUGUGAGCACUGCCCAGCUUCAUUUGCUUGGAAAUCGGGUCUUAGAGUUCACGAGAAGCGUCACAAAGGUGAAAAACCAUUUAUAUGGCGUAAACGUGGGGAACACAAUUGUCCUCAAUGUUCUAAAGUAUUCAAGAAAGCUUGGGAUUUAAAAGAACAUUUACAUAUACACGAUGGGCUGAAGCCGUAUAAAUGCGAACACUGCUCGGUUUCCUUCGCUUGCAAAUCAAAUCUUAGAGCUCAUGAGAAGCGCCAUGAUGGUGAGAGACCCUUCAUGUGCCAGUUUUGUACAAAUACUUUUCUCUCCGCCAAGCAAAGAAGAUUGCAUGAACGUAGUCAUACCGGCGAGCGACCUUUUGUUUGUGAAUUCUGUGGUAAAAGUUUUUCUUCCUCGUCGGGCUUACAGAGCCAUCGUAGUAGUCAGCAUUUAAAGGAACGCAAUUUUAUCUGUGGCAAAUGUGAUAAACGCUUUAACAGACGUAGUCAAUUAAGAUUACAUCAAGCAAACAUGCACACGGAAAAGCCGCGCACUCAUGUUUGCACGAUCUGUAAAGCGGCUUUUAAAGAUAUCUGUGUUUUAAAAUGUCACCUUACUAUUCACAAAGAAAAAACUUAUCAAUGUUUAGAGUGCGGCAAAAAGUUUGCCAAUAAUUCCGGUUUAUAUUCCCAUCGAAAAAGACAUGAAAAACAAAGAGUCAGAUUAUUAGCAGAUAUAUUGGAACAAGGGGGCUUAAGAAUUAAAAAGUUUGAAGAAUUGAAGGGUGGCGAGAUGGCUUUGCAAAAAUGCGGAGAAAUUUUCUACGAUAGUUUGAUGGUUUCAGAUGUAAAUGUGAGUUUUCAGUGCACCUUUUGUCAGAAAGCAUUUACAAAACUAGAUGCGUUCCUAGAACAUUUCGAAACCCAACAUUACAAAUCGUCCACAGCUGUAAAAUUAAGCGAUAUAGAAGAACAGGAAAAAGCAGAAAAAAUUACGUUUGCGGAGGAAGGAGAUGUUAGCCAAUACUUAUCAGAUAAAGACGAAGAUUCGAUUUCCCAAUUGGAAUCCAACUUGGAAAGUGUUGAAAGGGAAAUGAUUAGUGAUCAUGACUCCAAAGUAAUAUUGCCAGAUAAAAAUGAGAAAACUAGUGUACAUUCUAAACUGUCGUUUGAAAAUCGCCAACGUCAAGAGCACAUUUGUCCCCAUUGCUCUAAAGUGUUUAAAAGAACCUGGAAUUUAAAGCAGCAUUUGCCCAUACAUGAUGCCAUGAAGCCUUAUAAAUGCGAGCACUGCCCAGCAUCCUUUGUAUGGAAAUCAGGCCUUAAAGUUCACGAGAAGCGUCAUAAGGGUGAAAUACCAUUCAUAUGGCGUAAACGUGGCGAACACAAUUGUCCUCAAUGUUCUAAAGUAUUCAAGAAAGCUUGGGAUUUAAAAGAACAUUUACAUAUACACAAUGGACUGAAGCCGUAUAAAUGCAGACAUUGCUCGGCGUCGUUUGCCUGCAAAUCGAAUCUUAGAGCUCAUGAGAAGCGCCAUGAUGGCGAAAGACCAUUCGUGUGCCAGUUUUGUUCAAAUAGUUUUUCCUCCGCCAAGCAACAAAGAUGUCAUGAACGCAGUCAUACCGGCGAGCGACCUUUUAUUUGUGAGUUUUGUGGCAAAAGUUUUCCUUUCUCGUCGGGCUUACUAAGUCAUCGCAGUAGCCAGCAUUUAAAAGAGCGAAAUUUUAUAUGUGGGAAAUGCGACAAAAGUUUUAAUAGACCAAGUCAGUUAAGAUUACAUCAAGCAAACAUGCACACAGAGAAGCCGCGCACUCAUGUUUGCACUAUCUGUAAAGCAGCUUUCAAAGAUAUAUAUGUUUUAAAAGGUCAUCUUACUAUUCACAAGGAGAAAACAUAUCAGUGCUUAGAGUGUGGAAAAAAGUUUGCCAAUAAUUCAGGUUUAUAUUCGCAUCGAAAAAGACAUGAAAAACAAAGAGACAGAUUAUUAGCAGAUAUAUUGGAGCCAGGAAGCUUAAAAUGAAAUAGUUUGGACGAUUAAUAAAAUUAGAAGCUCCACUGAGUUUGAUUUAUUUAAAAAUAAAGUGUGGAUAGAAAACCGAGAAGGCACUUUGAAAUUCUACGCUUGUAAUGAGGAACGUUGCACUUUGUUACUAGCGAU